AGAUAUCGCACGUGCCGCCACUUGUUGCACUGAUUGCUUGAAACGGAAGUGCCGUCGCCUCUUUUAUCGAUCCAAGAGAAAGCUUGAAUGAAAAAUAAAUAGAAAAUGCUCGUCGGUGCAGGAGAAAAUCGCGCUGCUACACUGUCCAAGCUAUGUUACCUUGAAUUCAGCCCGGUUGCACGGUACCUUAUUUCAUUUGACUCUACUUCGUUGUGCAGUGUAGUGCAGAGGAGUGCGCGAGCUGGAGUAGAGGCGGUCCAAUCUCUGGCGCUCAGUGAGCGGCGCUGUGUGAACUUGAUGGUUGUGCGCGAGCCCUGGCGAAGAAGAAGUCUGAAGCAGUUUUUAGCGUAAAAAGAAACUGUGCGCCUGAACCUUGUUUGUGGUCAGUGAUAGUCGUCAACGCCUGACUUCAAACUGCCGAGAAAAAGAAAUGUCGGGCAAGAAAAAAAUAAGCCCCACAAAGGACUUCAUCGCUGGUGGGUUUGGCGGAUUUUGCACCGUGGUUUCGGGACACCCCCUCGACACCAUCAAGGUACGACUACAGACCAUGCCCAGGCCAGCCCCAGGGGAAUUGCCUCUUUAUGCCGGAACGUUUGACUGUGCCAGGAAAACUGUGGUUAGAGAGGGCUUCAAGGGCCUCUACAAGGGCAUGGCUGCACCCCUGACGGGGGUGACCCCCAUGUUUGCCGUUUGCUUCCUCGGCUUUGGAGUUGGAAAGAAGCUUCAGCAGAAACACCCCGAGGAUGACCUGACGCUACCGCAGUUGUUUGCCGCUGGCAUGUUGUCCGGAGUCUUCACAACUGCCAUUAUGGCUCCUGGUGAGAGGAUCAAGUGCCUUCUACAGGUCCAGCAGGCCAGUGCAGACAGCAGCAAAGCCCGGUUCGCUGGACCUGUGGACUGUGCCAAGCAGCUAUACAGGGAAGGCGGCAUCCGCAGCAUUUACAAGGGCACGGCCGCCACCCUGCUUCGUGAUGUUCCAGCCAGCGGCAUGUACUUCAUGAGCUACGAAUGGCUUCAGCGGGCCCUCUUGCCUGAAGGCGGCAGUCGUUCAGAUCUCAGUGUAGGCAAGACCCUGUUUGCCGGGGGCAUGGCUGGCAUCUUCAACUGGAUGGUGGCCAUUCCCCCCGACGUCCUCAAGUCAAGGCUACAGACAGCUCCGGAAGGCAUGUACCCCAACGGAAUACGGGACGUGUUCCGAGAGGUGAUGCGGACCGACGGCAUUCGUGGGAUGUACAAGGGCACCGCUCCGGUCAUGAUUCGUGCUUUCCCGGCCAAUGCCGCCUGUUUCAUGGGGUACGAGGUGGCCAUGAAGUUCCUGAACUGGCUGGCUCCAGGUUUAUGAGCCAAGGAGCAGUCUAGAAGAAGAGUUCCUGGGCACCGUCCGACGCCCGGCUUCCAGCUGGAGACUGCAUAUCAGCGAGGCAGAAAGUGUGCUUGCCGUUGCACGCUCGUCACUUAACAGUCGGUCACAGUGACGAGAGCGCAAGCAUCAAACCAUCCAGCUCGUUUUGUUGUCCGUCGGGUAGGCUCUGUGAUAAGUUUAACGAAAGGCAGACUACACACAGUUUGAAUGUCCGAAGUUCUAUUAGCGGCAUUUUUUUUGUGUUUGGGGCGAGGCUCGCCAGUGUAAGAUUCACCUUGUUGCGAGCAUACUCGUAGAUACCGGUUUCGGUGAGCACUCGAGCAUAUCUGCUCCCAUAUGCACCGUAGGACUGUUUUGAGUUAUAAGUGAGCCAGUCAAAAGUUUGACCACAUUGGCAUAGUCCAGAUUUGAUAUAAUAAAUAGUUUAUUGGGGUACAUUUAUUGGGGGUCUGUGGACUUCCUUGGUGUGCAAUAAAGCCUUAUUUUUAAGUAUUCAAA